AUGUCGUACACUCAACAGUAUCAAGGUAUUGGUGGAAAUCCAUAUCAAAAUUCGGGUGCUGCUGAAGCCGGUUAUGGAGGUAACAAUGCAGGCCAGCCAGGGCUCUCGCACGAGAUGUCAAACUACUCCCAAGCAUCCAACUAUUCCUCCGGUACACCCGGCGCCAUUCCACCUCCAAGUAACAACGUCCUUACCCAACAAGCUUUCCUCGAUCGUGUUGACUUUGCCAAAUCCGAAAUUCGUUCUCUGUCCUCCAAUAUCUCCCAAAUUGCAACUCUUCACCAACGCGCCCUCUCUUCCCCCGACUCUUCCUCCACCGCCUCCCUCGAAAAUCUCGUAACACAAACCCAGCUCAAAAACACUCAAAUUCGUGAUCAAAUCAAAUAUUUGGAAGGUGAUGCGAUCAAGACUCAAGAUGGGACCAAGAAUAUCAAGAGUACGCAAGCUAAGAAGUUGAAGACGGAAUUUGAAAAUCAGUUGCAGCAGUAUAGGGAAGAAGAGUUGAAUUAUAGAAACGAAUAUAGACGCCAAAUUGGAAGACAAUAUCGAAUCGUUAACCCUGAAGCCACGGAGGCCGAGGUCGAGGAAGCUAGUCAGAUGGAUUGGGGUUCGGAAGGUGUUUUCCAAACUGCUCUCAAAUCCAAUCGAUCUGGACAAGCAUCUUCAGUUCUCGGAGCCGUUCGUGCUCGUCACAACGAACUCCAACGUAUUGAAGCUACUCUCACCGAUCUUGCAGCCAUGUUCGCCGAUAUGGCCCAAAUAGUUGAAGCUCAAGAUCCAGUUGUCGAACAUACCGAACAAAACGCCAUCAAAACCGCUGAAGAUGUCGACAAAGCAAAUGUUCAAAUUGACAAGGCGAAUGAACAUGCCCGUCGUAGAAACAGACUCAAGUGGUGGUGCUUGUUGGUUACGCUCAUUAUUAUCCUGGCCAUUGCGUUGGGAGUCGGUCUGGGUGUUGGGCUAGCGGUCAAGGGAUCCAAGACUGCUACUAGUUAA